AUGUCGAGACUCCUCAGCCUCGUGAGCAAGUUCGCCGUCUAUGUGCAGACUUUGCUUCUCCUCCUGUCCCUGGUGGCUCAGCCGCAGUCCCCGCUGCGCUGCAGUCUACACCAGGACGCAGAGGGGCUGACAGGCGCGUUUUUCUAUCUGGAGACGGCGUCUCUGGUGGUCCUGUGCACCUUGGUCACGUAUCAACUCCUAGUCGGGGCCUCGGAGCCCGGAGCCCUUCCGACGCAGCUCUCGUUUCCCACUCCGCUGGCUGGCCUCCUGCAAGGCUGUGGUGGCUCGGUGCCGUGGUCGCUGAAGUGUCGGCUUCAUGUCACUCUGCUUCAUCUCUCCGAAACCCCGCAGUACUGUGACAUUCUCUUGGUUCAGAUGGCAUCUGGUCGGACUCUGGUCUUCGGUGGCCGCGGCUUUGUGGGCGCGGCGAUCUGCAAGGAGCUCGCCAAAAGAGGACUGACUCCGGUGCUAAGUCUGAGCCGCUCUCAGCCAGCGCAAUCCGAGGGCUCCACAAUUCAGGAAGUGGGUGGCGUUGAUGCUCUGAAGCCAGAGACAUUCGAGUCUCUUCUUCCAGAUGCACGGGCUGUCGUGAUAGCCAUCGGCGAGCCCCCAUGGGUGACGGACAAAGAGCGUGCGAUGAGGUCGAAUGGAACGACCAACAUCACCAUUAUGCAGACGGCUGCGAAGCACAAGGUCCCUCGUGUGGUGCUCGUCAACGCCACGAUGCCAAGCUGGGGUGUCAUAGCUGGAUACCGUGAGGGAAAGUUGGCCGCGGAGCGAGAGGCCUUAAGCUAUCCAGAGAAGUGCGACUCUCCUUGCAGCGUCCUCGUGAUCAAGCCGGGAGCCAUCUCCGGCACGCGCCAGGAGGGUUGCUUUCAAGUGCCGUUGUGGCUGCUGCUGGAACCAAUGCGCUUGGUCAUGUCGGCCUUGUCAGGGCCCUGUGAGGCCAUCGAGAGAUGCUUCCCCAGCCUGUUUGGAGGCGUGUUGCGGCCGCCGGUGCGGGUGGAGGAAAUUGCGAUGGCAGCAGCGGAUGUUGUUGAGGACACGUCUUUCAAGGGCAUCCGCGAGAUCGGCACGAAGGAGCUCGUUGGUUAUACGAGUGCCGGCUCCCAGAAGAAAGACUGA